AACAUGCAUGAUGAAAGGUCACUGCCACGUAGAGGACCAGCACGUCGCUGCUUGUUCUCUAAACUUGUUCUCUAAACUUUAGCUUACCUGUUUAUCCUUCUUGAACUUUAAGUGUGGUGGCAGCAUGCUGCUGGUCCUCUGCUCCGCCCUGCUGGUGUCUGUCGGCGGUGGGAAGCUGCCUGAAGCCGAGGUGGAGGUAGAAGUCCUGCACAGACCUUUUCUCUGUCACCGAAAGUCAAAGUACGGAGACCUGAUGCUGGUGCAUCAUGAGGGCUACUUUGAGAACGGGACCAUGUUUCACACCAGUCGAACUGAAGGUGACAAGCAUGCCAUGUGGUUUACGCUGGGCAUCAGAGAAGUGAUCAAAGGCUGGGACAAAGGCCUGCAGGACAUGUGCUCUGGAGAGAGGAGGAAACUGGUCGUACCUCCAGCCCUGGCCUACGGGAAGGACGGCAAAGGUAAGAUCCCACCUGAAAGCACGCUGACCUUCGUCGUCGAGGUGCUUGACAUCAGAAAUGGACCGAGGUCACAUGAGUCUUUCCAGGAGAUGGACCUCAACGAUGACUGGAGGCUCUCCAAGCAUGAGGUGAAAGAGUAUCUGAGGAAAGAGUUUGAGCGUCACGGCUACCCGCCCAACGACACGCUGCAUGAGAACAUGAUGGAGGACAUCUUCACCAAAGAGGAUGCGAACAAAGACGGCUUCAUAUCCUCCAGAGAGUUUACUUACAAACACGACGAACUUUAAAUUCUCUCUCCCUGUCCCACAAACCACUCAGUCGUCCAGCGUCUUCCAGUUUUUAAUUCAGAGUUUUAUUGUUGAAUUAUUAUGAAAGUGUUUCACUUUUAUAGAAGAAUUGUGUUUGUCUGGUGUGUGUGUGACAUGUAAACUCCUCCUGUGUGAAGCUUUGUGGUGAGCUUUGAGCCAACAGGUUUGUUUUACUUCUUCUUUGCAAUUUUGUGUAUCUACUUUUACAAAAGUCCAUUCCACUCCGUCUUGCAUAUAACAUUUUAAAAAAUGUAUUUAUGCAAUUAUCAGUGUCACCAAAUAUCGGAUAGAAAAAACAGGCACGGAGCAAAUGCUUGUAGUGGCAGUGCAUCCAAAGUAAGUGGAUAACAGUUGCCAAAUUUGGCUGUGAAAUUCCCCUUAAUGGAAAUAAAGUGUUUAUUUCCUUUACAAAAUGUUACCAGAUCAAUGUAGUUUACCUUUUGUGGGUCCAUUACGAAAGGAAUUGCUUUUUCUCCUGUACAGUAAACGAAUCAGCCCACUUCAGAGAACAAAUAUCAUUAAAUCAGGCCUCAUUUAAUGCUAUUUUCUUGAUUUAAUGACGAUUGUUUUUCGGAAAUAGACUGAUUCGUUUACGAUAAUCGAUAUGAUGAGAUUGUGUGUGUUUAAGUUAAGUCAUGGAAAUGUGAACUUUGGUAUUUUUAAUUUUCUAUCAAGCAGUUAAACGGGUAUUUCUAUAGGGCAUCAUUAGUUUUCCAUGGUAGACAUGAUAACUUGACAUAGCAGGAAAAGCAGGUGUGAACAGGAAUGUAACCACUCUGUUUCCUUUUCUGUUAAGUGCUCCCAGUAAGCCAGCAUAUGCAACACUCAGGCCCUGGUAAACCUAAAUGGAAUGCAGCCAUAAUUGACGUUAUUAGAGACACCUGUUUGACAUGUGAGAACAACUCUGAGAAAGCUGCAUUGACACAUGCAGACACUGUAGUGUCAAUGCUGAAAUGAUAUAUAUUGUUCAGCCCUGUUCUGCAACAUACACACAAUCUAAUUCUUGCACAUCAAAGUUUACCCUAUUGUGUCUCAGGCAGCUCAAUUAUCUAAUUAUGAAUAAUUCUCUACCAGCUAAAAUCCAAGGAAGACUCAUCUCAAAAGACAAGGUGUUAUUAACUGUACUUGUUAUUUUUAAUAACGUGCUGGAGGCUGUUUUGUUGAUAUUGCAAUGUUCCCACAGUGCCAAUUAGAAUCUGGGCCGUCCAGUUUCUAUAACUUCAGGGUUAUCUAAUUUAAACGCAUCAAGACUCAACUCAAUAUGCAAAUACCUGUUGUGGUAAAGGCAGAUUUUAAUGUCGUAUUUUACAACCAAUAUGAUCAUUAAAGUCAACUUUUU